GUUGUGUCCCGUGCCGGGCACCACAGUGAGGGGAUCCUCCGGCGGAGAUCCGGACUGCCUUUUGUGAGUGUGGCGGGCGGAGGAGCGGUGCCGGAGCGUGUGUGGGGAUUGCAUAGAUUGAAUUGUGCUUGGGGGCUGGGGUUAUAAUGCCCCAUGGUAGCAGUCCCCAGGAUACUCAAUCUACACCUCAGCCACCUAAAAACAGCUCAGGGAAUGAUGGAGAGCAGCAAAGGCCUAACAAAGCCACACCCCAGUCACCUGCACAGUCCUAUACACCAGCCGUCAGUUCUGCUGGACCACAGUCACCCAGCUACCAAAUACAGCAACUCAUAAUGAGCCGUAAUCCAGUUGCCGGUCAGAAUGUGAACAUUACAUUACAGAAUGUGGGGCAGGUGGUGACUGGUAACCAGCAGAUAACUCUGACUUCACUACCAAUAGCAAGUCCAGCCUCUCCUGGAUUCCAGUUCAGUUCCCAGCCAAGGAGGUUUGAACAUGGAUCUCCUUCCUAUAUUCAGGUCACUUCUCCAAUGUCUCAGCAAGUCCAAACACAGAGUCCGACACAGCCCAACUCUGUGCCAAUCCAAGCAAUACAAGGCGUUCGAACAACAACAACUGGAACUAGCUUGGGAAUGUGCAGCCAGAGUCCCACUCAUGGAUUUGUAGAUGCAAGUUUGUUUGUCAGGCAGCUUAGUCUUGGUGCUUCUGGCACAGGGCACUUUGUCUUUCAGGAGGGCUCUGGAAUUACUCAGAUAUCACCGGGAACACAAAUGCAUCUUCCUUCUAGCACCUCCACACCAGUUCAGACUCGUACUUUGUUGCACUCCAAUUCACAGCCUGCUGGCACUGUUCAUCAAUUUGGUUCACAGAAUGCUGUUGCAGCAGGAACUGGUAUACAAAGCUUGGCGACUUCAAGUCACCUAACGGCCACCAAUAUACCAACGCAAAUAAGCAGUAUUAUACAAGGACAGUUCAUUCAGCAGCCACAGGUUAUACAUGGCCAGCAGCUGGGAAGGACCAUCAGCUUUGAUAGGACUUCUGGAGGGAUGAUAGCGGGUGUUACAGGGACAUCGACCUUUGGUGUACAAUCACAACAAACUCCAACAAGUCCAUCGCGGGCUUCUGCUCCUCAGGGACUGUCUAGUCUUCCUCUGACUCCAACACUGAGUAGUACCCUAAAAAAGCAAACGAAAAGGCUUCUAGUGAUCCCACCUGCAAAUGCUGAAGUUGCUCAGUUAAGAAAACAGUGUUCGGAUCAUCACUACAAAAACAUGAUAGUCUUCAAGGAAAAUUUUAAGGAGUAUCUGAUUGAAAUAUUCUUUCUGCAGCAGUGUCAAGGAAACAUGAUGGAUUACUUGGCAUUCAGAAAGAAGCCACCAUUAUCCCUGCAACACUUUCUAAAACAAAAUGAUUUGGAUCUGGAAGUAGAAAUGGAAGUGGAAGAGGAAGAAGUACACAAAAAUUCUGUGGCCAUUGCAAUGCCGUCUUUGGAUACUCCUGCCAGCCCAGUGUCAGAAAUUCCAAUCGCCAUGGAGGCCAUGACUUCAUUUGACCCAACACAGAACCUAUUUCUUGAUUCCAACUUCUCGGAGUCAGGAUCCCAUUUACAAAAUAUUACACAUUUGUCUCCCCGGCAGCAAACAACUGGCAAACUUGGUUCCUCUACUGCUGCUAUUGGAGUGCCAUCCUCUCUACACGUGGCUGCUCUGGGUAACAAGCACACUGAAACACCUAAGGUUUCUAUGGUGCCAAACGCUACUGGCGUUCACCCAGGCAAAACUCCAGCUCCAAGAGUUGCUGUCUCGACCGUACCCACCAGUACACAUAUAACACAGCAGCAGCUCCACAGUGAUUCCCAGCCUUCAAAAGGAAAGCCUCAGGCUUUUAGCAUUCCAAUCCUACAGUCUACCCAGAAUCAAAUCUCUCAGCAGAGUCAAGGGAUGUUGGUAGAUCAGACGUCUUCCUUGAAAUCGCCCUUGUUGCCGCAGGUGUCUUCAUCGAAGUCAGGCUCUGAUAUUGCAAAGCCCUCAACUCCUGCCCCUUCCUCACCUUCCACCCCGACCUGUAUUUCAGAACCUGCCCUUUCAACUGCAGGUGUCUCACCGAAGAGGAUGAUGUCCCCAGGGGCCAGCAAGGUUUUGUCACCUGCUUCAUCCAAGUCACCUUUACCCCAGGACUCCCAGAGUUUACAAGCAGUUACAGAUGACCUGCCGCAGGAAAUGUCCAAACCAUUAGAGCAGGAAAACCAUAUUCAUCAACGAAUCACAGAGCUUCGCAAAGAAGGCAUUUGGUCCUUCAGGAGGUUACCCAAACUUAUGGAGCCCAGCAGACCAAAGUCACACUGGGACUAUCUUUUGGAAGAGAUGCAGUGGAUGGCUGCUGACUUUGCACAAGAGAGAAUGUGGAAAAUUGCCAGUGCUAAGAAGGUGGCUAGAACAGCUGCAAGACACUUGUCCGAGAAAGUGAAAAGUGUUGCCAGGGCCAAGAAGGAAGGAGAAGACCGACUUAGACGUAUAGCAUGGCUAGCUGCUCGAGAGAUUCAGCAUUUCUGGGCAAAUAUUCAGCAGGUGGUGGAGAUAAAACUUCAGGUGCAAUUACAAGAGAGGAGAAGGAAGGUCUUCUGUGCAAGACAUGAAAAAGAAAAAGGUCAAGAAACCAAAAGAUCUAACCAGCAGGGCAGAACAGAGAUAUGUUUGAAUCCAGUUAUCUCAGGGAAUGUUUAUAAAGUAACAGAAAGUAAAGAAGGUGACACAGGUUCAGAUGGUGCACAGAAGCAGGUGGUUCUCAUAGACUCUUUGCUGACUGGAAGUAGUGCUGCCCAUGUGGGUUCACGGAAACACAAUCGUGACAUUGCCGAAGUGGCUGGUGCUGCAGAACUAUUACUGCCUCGUGGUAGUGCACGCAUCUCUGGGGUGGUUAAAACUGCUGCUUCACCACUUCUACAUGGCAAACUUCGAGAUUAUCAAAUGAUUGGGCUAGAUUGGUUAGCCAAACAGUACAGAAAAAAUCUUAAUGGGAUCCUGGCAGAUGAGUCAGGACUGGGCAAGAACAUCCAGGUGAUAGCUCUCCUAGCUCAUUUGGCCAGCAAUGAGGGUGUAUGGGGUCCACACCUAAUUGUUGCACGAAGCUGCAACAUUCUUAAAUGGGAACUGGAACUGAAACGCUGGUGCCCAGCAUUUAAACUGCUGCUGUAUUUUGGUAGUCAGCGAGAGCUCAGGAGGAAACGUCAGACUUGGAAUGAACCCAACAGCUUCCAUGUCUGUAUCACCUCCUAUAAGCAAUUGUUUAAAGGACUCCAGGCCUUCAUGAAAAUGAGAUGGAAGUAUCUAGUGCUAGAUGAGGUCCAUCAGAUCCGAAAUAUGAAUGAGAAGCACUGGGAUGCCAUUUUGAAUCUUCCAAGUCAAAGGCGGCUGCUUCUCCGAGACACUCCAUUACCACACACAUGGAAGGACCUGUGGACCAUGGUGCAUUUCCUUAUUCCAGGCUUGUCCAGACCUUAUAUGGAUUUCCCAGUGAAGGAUGGCAGUGACCAGGACCAAGAAUAUCGACAUACCAUUUCAAUACGAUUGCAUCGGUCCACUCAACCAUUUAUAUUGCGACGGACCAAAAGAGAUGUGGAAAGGCAGCUAAACAAGAAAUCUGAGCAUGUGCUUAAGUGUCAAUUAUCAAACCGCCAAAAGGUCUUGUAUGAAGAUAUCAUGAUGCAGCCUGGAACUCAAGAUUCCUUAAAGGGUGGCCAUUUUGUCAGUGUUCUUCACGUUCUGACGCAGCUGCAGAGGAUAUGUAAUCAUCCAGAUCUGGUGGAUCCAAGGCCUGGGCAUUCCUCCUAUUCAUGUGAAGCUCUACAAUAUGAAACUGCAUCUUUAGUAUUGAAGGCUUUAGAAUAUGACCCUUGGAAGAACAAAGACUUGUCUUUAUUUGAUUUACUUGGGCUAGAAAAUAAAAUGACGCAAUAUGAAGGUCAGCAGCUUCCUAAGCAGAAAAUUACUAGAAAGAUGAUACAGGAAAUUUAUAGUUCCCCUGAACCUGCACCUCGGCCCAGCCGGGUGAAAAUGAAACCAAGCAGAUUGUUUGAGCCAGUCCUCUAUGGACAGAAACCUGAAGGACGCACAGUUGCUUUGCCAAGUACAACUGCAACACGUGUAGUUACAACUACUACAACUACAGUUACACAGCAGGGACAAAUGAAAAGAUCUUCAGUCGCAGCUGCUGUACCACAGGGGAUCAAAGUACCUAUUACCCAGGGUCAAACCACACAUGUCUCUCUGGGAGUUCCUAGGCCUCAGGCACCAGCAACCUUUGCAGCUGCCCCUUCAGUGAGGCAACUGAGUCAGGCUCAGACUUCUCAGCAUGCUGUCCAGCAGAAUGUUCUGUCUCCAAGGCUGGUGCUCAGUUCUCAGGCCAGGCUUCCAAGUGGUGAAGUUGUAAAAAUUGCUCAGCUGGCUACAGCUGGGGCAGGCCAGGGGCGAAUCCCUCAGCCUGAAACUCCAGUCACCCUACAGUUUCAAGGAAACAAAUUCACCCUGUCUCAGAGCCAAUUGCGUCAACUUACUGCUGGCCAGCCAUUACAGCUACAAGGUAACGUUCUGCAGAUUGUUUCUGCUCCGGGCCAGUACCUGCGCACUCAAGGGUCUGUUGUUCUUCCAUCUGUGCCACAGAGUGCAGCUGCUAAUGCCAUAAGAAACCAAGCCCAAGUGGGAGCUCCUCAACCUACUAAUGUGCCAUCAGCUGCUCUUAUAACUGCCAAAAGCACGCAACCUGCAGUAGAUCCAGCUACAAAAUCUGCUCCAGCUUCACAUUCCCAGGAAUCUACAGAAGACAAGCAGCGUUCAUUAAGAGAGCGCCUGGAUAGACUCUUCAGCUGCAAUGAACGACGGUGUGGGCGAGUUCCUGUAUAUGGGACAGACCUCUUAUCACUGUUUACCUUGCGUUAUCCUGAUACGCGGCCUUUCAUGUUGAAUACACAGUGGAGCUGGACUGGAUCAGUACACUGCGCAAUCUCGUCUCAAUCUCCCGAGAACUCCAACGAUCCAUUGCGACACCUUAUCCUGAGCAUAAAGCAGCAGGAAACCGUCAUGGAACUUAUUGCUAAAAGGUUACUGUGUGUAGUCCCUGCAGCUGUUGCAACUCCUUUAUCUAUGACAGUGCUGCAUCCUCCUCCCAUGUACACUCACAACAUGAAGAUCCUUAAACACUGUCUGAGGCAGCAUGCAGAUCCUUGCAUUCAGGACCUACGAAAGCGAACAUCUCCUCACUGUGUACAGGAUCCAGAUUUGCGGCUUAUCCAGCGGGACUCCGGAAAGCUAGAGGCUUUAUCCAUACUCCUCCAGAAACUGAGGUCUGAGGGUCGGCGUGUGCUGAUUUUCUCCCAGAUGGUACUUAUGCUGGACAUAUUGGAGAUCUUUCUGGACUACCAUUCAUUCACCUUUUUAAGGAUUGAUGAAAAUGCCAACUUCAAUCAGUGCCAGGAUCUCAUGAAAAGUUUCAACAGAGACCCACGCAUUUUCAGUAUGGUGCUUUCUACUCACGUCCGUUCUUUAGGAGUGCAUCAUGUAGAAGCAGACACAGUAAUAUUCUAUGACACUGAUGUAAACCCUGUUAUGGAUGGAAAGACACAGUCAUGGUGUGAUCUCAUUGGAAGAGCAAAAGAUAUUCAUGUAUACAGGCUUGUGAGUGCCAAUUCGAUAGAAGAGAAGCUGUUGAGGAAUGGCACAAAGGAUCUUAUCCGAGAAGUGGCAGCUCAGGGCAGUGAUUAUUCUCUGGCAUUUCUAACACAACAAACUAUCCAAGAACUUUUUGAAGUGUGUUCUCCACUGGAUGAUUCUGGGUUCAGAGUGAGAGCUGAAGAGUUUGUUCUGCUCUCUCAGGAACCAUCCCCUUCUGACAUCAUCACCGCCAAAGUUGCAAAACCAUUUGUAGAGGCAUUAGGCAAAAUUGAAUUUGGACAAGAGCAGUUCAUCACUGAAUAUGCUGAACAUGAUGGACCAAAGCCCAGUGCUGGAGUUUUUCUUUCUAAUGACUCUGAGCCUAUGGGGACCGAAGAACCUUCACAGCUACAGGAAUUGACUGACCUUAUGCAUCAAUUAACACCCAUAGAGAAAUAUGCUCUACAAUAUUUGGAACUGUUUCACGUCCGUGGCAGCAGUGACCACCCAGGAUACAUUGAGGCACAACUAAACGCAGCUAGGAAAGAGUGGGAUUCACAGCAUUUGAAGGAAUUAAAGGAAAGGAUGGAAUGGGAGGAGGAAGAACAUGAGUUGCUGCUGACAUACACACGGGAAGAUGCUUAUAAUAUGGACUUUAUUUAUGAUGACCAAGAAGGACAGACCGAAAUAAUGCCAAUAUGGACACCGCCAACUCCCCCUCAAGAUGAAAAUGACAUUUACAUUGAUUCUGUGAUGUGUUUGAUGUAUGAUACCAACCCCAUCCUCGAAUCAAAACUUCCCCCUGUCUAUUUGAGGAAGGAACGCAAGAGGCACAAAACUGAUCCAUCGGCGGCUGGCAGAAAGAAGAAGAUGAGACAUGGAGAAGCUGUGGUGCCUCCUCGCUCCCUCUUUGACAGAGCUGCUCCAAAUCCACUCAAGAUACGCAAAGAAGGAAAGGAGCAAAAAAAGAACAUUCUGCUGAAACAGCAGACCCAAUUUGCAAAACCUCUGCCAACCCUCUCAAAACCCAUUAUGGAGACGGGCCCAGACAAUCCUGAGUGGUUGAUUAGUGAGGACUGGGCACUGCUGCAGACAGUGAAGCAGCUGUUGGAGCUUCCUCUUAACCUCUCUGUUGUGUCCCCUGCUCAUACACCAAAUUGGGAUCUGGUAAGCGAUGUUGUGAAUUCCUGCAGUCGUAUCUACCGUUCAUCCAAGCAGUGCCGCACUCGCUAUGAAAAUGUCAUCAUUCCAAGAGAGGAAGGGAAAUUGCUAUUUGAUGCAAGCCCAAAGAAGAAGUCAGAAAAUGUGUUUAAGAAUAAACCCCUAAGGACAAGCCAAAUCUAUGCACAAGACGAGGGACAAUCACACUUGCAAUUGUAUAUCACUCGCUUUGAUCUGAUGAAAAUGACAGCUGGAAAGAGAAGUCCACCUAUCAAACCUCUACUUGGCAUGAAUCCAUUCCAGAAAAAUCCCAAGCAUGCAUCUGUGCUUGCAGAGAGUGGCAUUAGCUAUGACAAACCAUUACCACCAAUUCAAGUGGCCUCAUUGCGUGCAGACCGUAUAGCCAAAGAAAAGAAGGCUUUGGAACAGGUUCGAGCACAACAGCAAACUGGACCAUUGCCACAGCAAAACGGACAACAACCAACUCAACCAACAACUGUGCAGACAGCACAGGCUCCGACACCCACUCCCGCAGUUACUCAGGCACAAGUUGUCGUUCAGCAGCAACCUGCAGCCAAGAAUCCUAAUACGGGUACAACACCCAUAACUACUCCAGCACUUAUUACUGGCACAAUCAAGGCUGCUGUACCGGGAACAACCAUAACCACAGGGACAGUCACUGCAAAUGUUCUUGUAAACACAGUGUCUGGCAUGGCAAAUGUUCCCUCUGCAACCUUCCAACCUAUCAACAAGCGAUUGGUGUCUCCUGUGGUAACCAGUGCAGUUUCAUCUGCAGCCACUGGUCAGUUAAUUCAACAGAGGACAGCAACAACACCUACAGAGAUGGUGACCAUAGCAACCAGUCCAGGAGUUCGAGCUGUGACUGCGGGGACUGUGGUAUCUACAAACCUUACACCUAUUCAAACUCAGGCAAGAACCAUUGUGACCCAAGUAACAACAGCCACCUCUACCACUGGCGUUCAAAUAGCCGGAAAAACCAUAACCCAAGCUCAGUUUCAGCUGCUUCGACAACCGGCUACUUCCCAGGUGCAAGUACCUCAAAUGCAGGCCCAAGCACAAUCCCCAGGGCAAAUAAAGGCCGUUGCUAAGAUAUCAUCGGAACAGUUAAUGAAGUUACAGAAGCAUAAGCUGCAGCUUUCUCAGCAAGUGGCGCAGACAGGAACGCAAAUGCAAGUUCAGCCGCAGCAACAACAGCAGCUGGCAACCGUAACUACUUCUCGAGGAGGCGCUGUGCUUACUGGAACCACAGUGGCAAAUCUACAAGUGACUCGUCUGUUGCAGGCUCAGGGGCCAAUUCAAGCUCAACCAGGGCAGACAGCCCAAGUUGCUCUGGCUAAACCACCUGUGGUAUCAGCUGUCGUUUCAUCUGGAGGCGUCACCACCCUUCCAGUUACCAUGGCAGGAAUCAGUGUUUCUAUCAACCAGCCCCAGAAAGUUGCAGGUGGGCAAAGUCUUAUGGCUCAGCCUUUGCAUAUGCAGCCCUUGUUGAAGCUGAAACAACACCAUACUGCCCAGCAACAGCAAAAAGCUCUCCAGACUCAGGCUUCCAUGGGACAACAGAAGCCUUACCUCUCCCUCCAGAUAACCUCACCUCAAGUGUCCACUGCAUCCCAGCAUCAAAAAGUCACCUAUACCAAUCAGUCAGCCAUUAAAACUCAGUUCCUAACAACUUCCUUAACUCAGGCACAGAAGGCACCUGGAAACCAGCAAGUUCAAGCUCAGAUACAGGUUGCCAAACUCCCUCAGGUGGUUCAGCAACAAGCUGCAAUUGCUACUCUACAGCAGGUGGUGUCAGCCCCUCAGCAGGUUCAGCCACAGACUGUUACAUUAACCCAAGCUACAGCCACAGGCCCACAGCAGGUACAGGUGAUACCAGCAGGCACAGCUGCAGCCCAUGUGGUGCAACAGAAGCUUUUACAGCAGCAAGUAAUGGCAGCUACUGCUUCACAACAACUCCAGACUUCUGUGAAUCAGACUACAGCACCUGUAUCCAGCACAGCAGAUGCCCAGAGUCAGCAGGCAAAGCUGCAAGUACGAACCCAGACAGUCAGGAUUAAAGCUCCCACAAAACCCAGUUGAGGUGCAUUUAGGACAUAAGACAUCUUAUGCACAAUGCCUUGUUAUGGAUUGAUCAUGGACAUUCUUAGAUCAUUCUUAUGAUUUGGGCUUUUAAAAACGUUCAAAAGAAUCAUGCUUUUUUUCCAGAAGACAAAACUUGAUUAACGUUGUUUGCUCAAGACCCGGAAUUCCAGGAGUUAUGUAUUGGAGUACCAGAACUGAGCCUAAGCCUGCCAGAGUCUUGCUGAGCGUUACCAUGAAACCAUUCACUUUUUGUCCAGAUACAUACUGUCUGUUAAUGUGUAUAAAUAUUCAGUUGUGUGGAGGAGUAGUGGACACUGGUGGCUGAACUUUAAUGGCAUAACUAUUUACUGUAUGGACUAAUUGGAUCUCUAUUCACAAUAGCACAAAUCAAUGUAAUUACCAGGCUUACAUUUAAAUUGAUUGUAUAUCUAUUGGAAAGGAACAGUGUGUGUGCAUGAUAAAUACAUGAUCACAUGAUCACACUAUGGGUGAAUAGCCCUAUCUACUGAUGACCAACCACAAUGGGGAUGAAAGCCAUAACUGGAAUAACAGGUUUCACAUUUGUUGCCUUUGUGGGUGCAGUUAAAAAAAAAAAAAAGAAAGAAACCCCUAAUGUCACCCACAGCCUCUUGUUUUCAUAGAUGAUUCUCUUAAUCAGGUUAAAAAAUUAGAGCAUUUGGGCAUCUUAACUAUUUUUAUAUGAACAUGAAGUAUUCUACAGUGGGAAGUUUUUAUAGACCUAAAAUCCUGUAUUCAGAUAAUAAGCCUUUUACUGCUGGAAGAGGAAACAACUCCUUGCUUAAAACAUUGGAUAGAUAACAUUGUUUCUUUAUUUUUAUUAGCCCUAAUACAUUGAUUAUAAGUUUACAGUUACACAAAUGGUAAUAUUUUAAAAUGUAAUUUAUAUCAUUAUGUUCUAAUACAUGUAGCAUUCUACAGCUGUGUAUAUUUUUUUGUACAGAAUAAGUUCAGAUAUAGCAAAAGAAGGGUAAUUAUGAGCAUGUGGACUACAUCUUCUGUCAUCAUUCAGAGGACUUGUGUGAUGAUAUGAGCUGUCGUUUAUUUGAUCUUAAACAAUAGAUUGGUUUAAAUGUGCACACACACCUCCUCCUUUUUUUUUUUUUUUUUAAAUAAGGUUUACUCUUUUAUGAGAACUUUAGCAAUGAGUGGUGUCCAGUGUUUUCGGCAGUAAUAAUUGCAGGUACCCCGCUGCAAACGAGGGCUUGCUUCUUGCACAGUAACUUCUUUUUGAAGUAACUAUCAGGUAUAAGACAGGACUUAAUAAAAAGGGUCCAAGGUUUUCUGUCAUUUUUCUUGCACCCUUCCAAAGAACCAAGAUGAAAAUCUUAAAUGUGAACAUUAGUGUAUGAGAUUGUAUAACUUUGAUUCUCCCAUUUUUUUUUCUUUUAUUUUCCAAGAAAGUUUUGUAAAGAAA